CUGGGCUAGAGUAUUUAAGCUGAGGUUGCACAGUCUUAAGAAGCUAUUUUCAAAGUAAGGAGGAUGUCUACAUUUUGGCUUUGCCUGUGUGCAUUUGUCCAGUUUUCCUGGACUUUGCCCAUGUACUCAGAGAAAACUCAUGGACAUUCACCAGAGCACAACAAGAUAGGAAGAGCGGUGGAACCCAAUAACUUCAUCAAGAAGCACAGACCAGAUCAGAUGGAGAGUAUCCUUCAAAAGCUUGGUGCUGACAGAUGGUCCAAGGGACAGGACAUUCUGAAAUACCACCGGUCACAAUGCAACCACAUGAACCAGUCGUGGAUACAAUGGCAAGGCUCAACUUAUAAUGAAGACCUGGGUUCUGAGUACACACUCAAAAUCUUUACUGGACCUCUCAAGCCGACAUUCCCCCAAAGGAACCUUUUCCAAUACAUGAGUAGGAUCUACAAGUGCUGUAGACUUGGAUUCAGCUGCAGAAGGAUAAAGGGUCUCCAAGGAACCCUAGAUGAAGGAGGAAGAGCGGCAACUUUCUACAUUGACUUGGAUAUUCUCAGCCUUUCCAUUCAGAGAGCCCAAAUACAUUUGGAAGUUUCAGCUGACGAACAACUGACCGUGAUUCCUGUACUUAACAUCAAUGGACUCAGACGUUCAAGCUUCACACAGAUAAGGAGUGGCCAUGUUCUAGACCUAACUCUUGAUGUGAUGUCCAUCUUACAAGCCUUAAAAGAGAAAGAGACGGUGGAUGCAGAGAAGGAAGAAGUAACAGAGCUGAGCUUGUCGUUACAAUGUAUCCAGAACGAUCUUCAUGUCCCUUGUAACCUUCACAGAGCGUUUCUUCUUCAGUCUCCGUUCAUAACUCUACAAUACAAGUAAUGGGACAGGACUGGUCUUCAAACUGCGAUUGCACGGAGAUAUUGAGAGCAGUAAUGAAGUCUGCUGAACGAUGGGAGCACGGCAUGGUUGAAGAAAUCUCUGCAUUUCACUGGGAGUGAUACCAUAGCAUAGCAUUCUCCCCUGUAGCAUAAACUCUUGUUCUGGCACUUUAUAUUUUUCUGAAAAAGAGGCUACAUUUUCGGUUUGGGCAAAUAGGCUUAUUCACUAAUUAUUUGCCGUUAACUAUGGAUGGGCAUACAGCCCUAUGUGAUUUCAGAGGUUCCACAUUAUCAAUUUGACGUACCCCAGUGGAUUACAAUCCUUAUAGGAUGACAACCAAUUUACGUUAUUACUGGGCCAGUUAAAGUGUACCCAACCUUCUGAAGAACUUUAUUCAAAAAUAUUAUAAAUGACAUCAAAGUAUUUUUUGUAAUAUACUUUAAUUUUUUCCUGUAUUAGUUCAGGAAACCGUACACCACCAACAUGUCAGCGGUGUACGAGUGUACAUAUUCCAUAGCGCUACAGAUCCCCUGCACUGUGGGUGCCUAUUUUGUAAGUAAAAUGGGGGAUAAAAAAUAUUACAAAAAUGUAUUUUAUGGAAUUUUGAAAAGUUUUAAGUUCUUCAAAUUGUUAGCUACGCUUUAAAUAUUCCGUCUUUGACAGUUUAUUCAUCUCUGCUGAUAUUUUGGAUUUCACAUUUCCUUCAGGUGACGUGUGGGACAUAUUAGCAAUGUGUACAGUGCAGGUGACAUACUUCCACCGUGCACAUAAUGAUAGUCGGGGGGCGGAAGUACAUGC